AAUUUGAUUUUAAUAAUAAAUUGCAUUAAUUGUACUACCAAAUAAGAGAGUAUGGAUUUCCCUAUAAAUCCACCUUCUUUUUUCCUAAUAUAUGAAAUUGAUAAUAACAAAGUGAUUUUUUUUUUGUGCUAUCUUCUCCACCAAUUUUCGAAUUUCUGUAUAUGUAUAUGGCUUGUUUGCAGGUUACUAUCAGUUGUUGAUUAAAAAAGGAGAUGUAGUUGUGAAUAAUCAACGAUUGUUGAACCAUCAUUUCUGGGUAACUCCAGAAGCAUAUAUAUGCAACACACCAAGGGCGUGGCACUAGUGGUAGUUGAUCGAGAGCUACGAGGUCUCAAAUUCAAAUCCUAACGGACAAAAAAACAUUAGAGAAAGAGAGAUGCAAUGUAAAAUCUGAAUUAUAUGGAGUGCAAACUACCCGAAUUAGUUGUUUUUCUUCAAGACAGAAACCAUCAAGUUUUUAAGGACAUAUAUAUGGAAGGAGAACAAUGUUCUUUGGAAAAUUGUGAGUUGAACCACCAUAAUAUUUAUUACAUGCUCAAGUAUGAGCUUGACAAAAGUGCAGAAUUAGGGAACAGAGUUUCUGAAUCGUACGAGGGUAUUGUUAAGCAGUUUGACGACUCAAAAAAUCUGUUGAUGGAAGGUAAAUCGGAUACUGAGAUUGCUGAUGCCAUUUCCUAUAGCCACGAUGUUCCAAAACAGCGGAGUUUGGACAGAGAAUUGGUUGAUCAAAAAGAAAAUCAGGAUCAAGAGCUGAAACUAGUCUCGAUGACGUCUAAGUUUGUCUCCAAGGAAGCAUGUUGUAACAAAAGUAGUAUAGCAGAUUCAAUUUCUAGAGAAGGAUCAGCAAAUACAAAGGUUGAAAACAGCACCAGUACUGGAGAUGGAGAGCCAAGAAGUUUAGCAUCAUUGUUUGCAGAUCAGAACACUGAAAAGCUUACAGAUGGUGAAGACAUGAAUCUUGUUGUCUUAGCAACAAAGCAAUGUCAUGAUAACAUCUCUAUACGCUCGAGUAGCACCAACAGCACAAAAUCUUUUGCCUUUCCUAUACUAACCUCAGAGUGGCCCGGCAGCCCUGUCAAGAUGGUGGCAGACGAUAAGAGAGAGUUUAAAAGGCGAAGUUGUCACUGGAGAACGUGCUUUGGUUGCUGCAAUUUUUGAUUUAUUUAGUUUCUGAAGUUGUAUAGCCGUUUCUUCUACUUGUCCAUCAUAUUCACUCUUCUUGGUGUAUAGACCAUACAUUAUACAUGUUGAAAUAUUGUUUUGGACAUUUAGCAAUCAAUUGUUAUUUCAUUCAGAAAAGAUGUUUACAACUCAAAGUAACAAGGUUUCAAA